UCAAGUACUCUUUGUUUCAUUUGUUGACAAGUGCUUUUUGUCAUUGAUGUUGACAUUUCUGUAAUGGAAAAAUUUCCUGAUAUUUACCACUACGUGGACGAUAGACCACCAGUCCUAGAAGAAGCCUUAACAGUCUGGGAUGAAGUGGAGUUGAAACGGGACAAUGACCUAUUGUGCUUCAUACAAGAUUUCAUCAACUCCGAUGAGUACCACGAAUAUUUACAAAAGAAAAUCGAAAAAAACAAAGAGGAUAAGGCUACCCAGUACGAAUGCAUUUGCCCCUCCAAGAAGAAGCCAAAAGAUGAAGUCCUCAAGAGGGCCAACAACAUACUAAAAUUUAUAAGGUUUUUGAACGCCUACACCAAAAAUGUGGAGCUAGAAAAACGUAACAAGAGGCAUGAUAAUGCUGCAAAAAUUAUUAAGGCAAAAAUUAAGGAAGUACGAGACGCCUAUUUAAAAAAACUAGUCAGGGCACCACUGGAGAAUGAAAUGAAGUUGAAAAAGCUACAAGAAUUCUCCGAAGAAACGGGCAUUGACGUGUCCAAACUGAACGUGAAGCACAAAAUAGGGUUUUACGAUAGAGUACUUUAUUACAAAAAGCUUCGCCAAUGUAGGCUCAACCAACGUGAGAAGAGGGAAAUGGAAAUUGCCCGAAAAUUGCUCAACGAGUACAAAAAGGAACAAAAAAAGCAGGUUGUAAAGGUUGAAUACUACGUACCAAGAGAAAGAACCAUCAAAGACAUGGAAGUCGAAGGACACCAAAUGACACUGUACGAGCCCAUUCAAGAACCGGAAGAGUCACCAAAAGAAGAAAUUGAAGAAGUCGAAGGAGAAGAAGAAGAGGAGGAAGUUGUAGGAAAGAAGAAAAAAGACAAAGGUAAAAAAGAAAAAGAUAAAAAAGGCAAGGACAAAAAGUCUGCGAAAAGUAGUAGUACCAAAGGAAAAGGACCAAAACCUAAAAAAGAAAAAGAAAAAAAGGGUAAAAAGGCGAAGGAAGAAGAAAAAUUCGAAUUACCGCUAAUUCCAAUAAUUAAUCCCAGACAAAAAAUCAUAUCAGAUAAAUACGAAAAUUUAAUCAACCUAUUCAAAAACUUCGAAGAAAGGAUAGAAGAAGCUAGGUUCAAAAAGAAGCAGAAAGUACAGAAUUAUCCAUUUGAUAAAGGCUUAAACAUCGUUCCAACCACCUUAACAUUUGAUGGAGUAGAAGAAGCACGAACCUACAAAAAACGCCUGGUCAUCCAAAAUUCAUCUAGGUACGUCAAAAAGUGCAGGAUUUGGAAACUGGAGAUGCCCAAGCCUUCAGACCACGGUCUUUUCAAAAUCGAAGCUGUAGGCAUCCAAAAAUUGAGCCCCGGCAGAUCAUUCCCUUGUACCGUGAAGUUUUUCUGUCCAAGUGAUGUCGAAGUGAUUCAAGGUGCCUUGUAUUUCCUCACCUACGACCCCAGAGUGCCCGAGUACCAUCAAUUUUGCCUUCAAAUUGUGGUACUACCGCCGCAUUCGGACCUUGAGGUUGCCCCUUUGGAUAUUGACUUCGGGAAGAUUCCCUAUUGGAGGGCCCGAGGUAGACGGUCUGGUGUGUCCAAACCUAUAAUGAUGAAAAAUAAAGGGCUAAAGCCGUGUAGAGUUGUGAUCAAAAAGUACGACCCCAUAGAAGAAAUUAAUACAGAUCGUUGUUCCCUCAAAUUCGAAAUAGAAAAGGGAACGACGCAGUCCCAAUUUUAUGAAAAUAUUAUUUUAGAUGCUUUGGAUUAUGCUUUUUACAAUUUUGAAUUCGAAACGUAUUUCUUGAAGCUGAAGGCCCAUGAACAGAAGAGAAUACAGGUCAGGUUUAAGAAUUUCUCUCACGUUGGCCACUACUUCGAGAGGUAUCUUCUGGAAGUGUACGAGGAGGACAAAGACCAGCCCAUAGGUUCACAGAUGAUGAAUUUUAAAAUGGAAAUUACUGGACACAUAUUAACUGCACAGCCUGACAUAUUAGACUUUGGUGUGUGUAUAAUUAAUACAAUGUACCAGUUACAUUUUGAGGUCAAAAACAUAUCUAAGUCCUUGAAAAAACUAAAUCUUAAAUUUCCUAGAGAAUUACGUUAUUAUCUGUCUAGUGACCUUAACACCACUCUUCUUCUGGGACCAUCCGAAAGGAGAGUUAUUUGGAUCAAGUUUAUACCCAGGGCAGACAUUUUUAAGGAGCAAACAAAAUAUUUCGAUCCUUCGUUGUCACUUCUAGAGUUUCCACUACACAUAUCGUGUAACACCAAAGAAUUUCUGGACAUGCCAAACUUGAAGGUAACAGUCUUUGCAGUUGUGACCCCCAUGAACGGAUUAACUAUGAUGCCAAAGAAUAAGGAGUUCGUCAGUUAUGAUGAAGACCACACUUUGGUGCUUGAUCUGGGUGAUUGUAAUGUUUGUGACACUUUGUCUGCAGACAUACUUUUGAUCAAUGAAACUUUGGCGAACCAGUCGUACUUUUUCCCUGAUUUGCCACAGUAUGUCAAAAUUGAGCCCAAUCAAGGUUUUGGUGAGCUGAAUCCCAAUGAAGUCAGGAUUAUAACCUUGCAGUUUUCACCUGAAAGCAAAGACUUUACCAAACCAAGUCGUCUGAAAGAAAGCUUCUCCUUCAAGCUCAGAGUGGAAACUUUGAGCCAACUUGGGCAAAAGAAACAACACUUGAGUACCAAAAGGCUCAGGAACUCGAUACAAAUAUGCCUGAACGAAUUGAACUCAACCGAAGACAAAUCUUCCAUAAUUAACUUGAUGAUUAAAUCUAUGGAAAUCAUCAGAACUAGCCUAGAUGAUGAGAAAACUCAGGAAUUGGAAGACGUAUCAGAAGAAAAUCAAGAUGAAUUUGAAGAAGAAAAUUUAACCGAAGAAAAUUUAGUGGAAGAAUCACUUGGAGCAAUUGAUGAAAGCAUCCAUGAAGCCACCGAAAUUCAGGAAGAGUUCGUCCCUUCGAACCCCUUAAGAGUCAUUGCGACAGUCAGCAAACCGAUGUGCGAGUUCGAUUAUCAAUUUGUGGAGUUCCCUGACACAGCUUGCGGUAGUUAUUCGUUCGCCAAUCUGCGUAUGACCGCCUUGACUGAAAAUACCGGUAACCUUUCGAAGAAGAGGCGAGAAAUCGCAGACUACAAAGGAAGCUUUAGCAUAGUCAGUGACAAUCCGUACUUCAUCAUAGAACCAAACUGUGGCGUUAUCAAAAAAGGAAUGGUUGUGAACUUCGUUCUGAGGGUUCAUCCGGAUGUAACAGAGGAAAUGGUACGCGAUAGGGCACACCUACUGAAGUACCGAGAGGUGUUUCACGCAAAAAGGGCGCAGUACGACGAGAAAAGGCUGAAAGAGAUGGAAGAGCAACUCAGCGGCAAGAAGGGUAAAAAAGAUAAAAAAGGGAAGAAGGGAAAAACCGACAAGGGAAGUAAAAAGAGCAAGGACAGUAAAAAGAGUAAAGACACCAAAAAGACCAAAGGCACCAAAAAGGGCAAAGGCAAAAAGGGCAAAACGGAUACGAGUGAACCAGAUGAGCCCAAGCCAUACUGUCCACCUUGGGUCGUCCCCACUGAAGCCGAGAUGAAGAUUAACGAAGAAGAGCUGAUGCAAAGCGAGAUGUUCUAUUGGAGGAACAUGCAUCCUUACAGGAUAAACGGUCGCUUUAUCUGCAGAAUCGUGUAUAACGAAGAUGAAAGUGAAUUUUGUGGUGAAGAACUGGUUGUGGAUUGCACCUGCAAAGUUGUCAUGCCCAAUUUCGUUAUCAAUUUAAAAUUCCAAAGCCUUGACAUGGGUACCAUUUACGUAGGUGAUAAAUCUACUACGGUCAUCCAGAUGCUCAACAUCCAAGAAUCACCAAUAGUACCCAAACUAGAACGUCUUAGUCCACUUGGCAGCUUCUCCUUAAUAAAAGAGGAUCGGAAAGUCGUACCACCAGGUCACAUACUAAAGGUACCACUGACUUUUAAACCAAGCUCAGAAGGAAAGGUCCAAGAAUUUUUUGAACUUAAAUGCGGACAUACUAGUAUACCUUUGAUAAUUAAUGGCGAAGGUGUCGCACCAAGUUUUGCAAUUAAUCCAACUGCUACGGUGUUUAGGGUGUUCGGAAAGGAUAAAGAUAUCACCGAAGUAAACUUAGAGAUCAUAAACAAAGGACGUGCCAGUUUACCAAUAAGAUUGGAAAAGGUAUGUGAAAUUGUAGGUAAAUUGCGUACCAAACCUGUCGUCCAAGACAAGAAGCAAGACACAAAGAAGGGCAAAAAGGAUGACAAGAAAGGUAAGAAGGACAAAAAGGAUAAAAAGGACAAAUCGUCGAAAUCCAGCAAGAAGAGCAAGAAAUCAACCAAGGAGGUAAAAAUGUUUUCCAACGAGUUUACCGUGGAUGAACUGUACUCCAUUGAAAACUUUUUUGAGACUCAUGAAGGUGAAUCACCCUUCGACUAUUUGACUGGUGAGGAGAACGAGGAUGUGAUGACUGUUCCUAAGGCUUCAAAGAAAACUUUGAAGCUUCGCUUUGGAAAAUACAGUUUGCUUCAAGCAACCAGACAACCAAAACCGGUAGACAAGGGCAAGAAAGGGAAGAAGGGCAAAAAAGGUGAUAAAGGAAGCAAAAAGAGCAAGUCCAGCAAGUCCUCAAAGAAGAGCAAAGGGAAGCCUGCCAAGGGAAAGGAUUACACUUAUUACAUUGUGAAGUAUAACAUUCUUUUAGGAAGUACUUUUGUAAAGGAUAUUUUCGUAAUGGCAUUUUUUAUAUAAGUAUGUAUAUUUUUAUAUAAUUUUUACAUUUUUA